CCUGUCUAAGCCAGACUUCGAUCUCCAUCGUCGCGGGAACCCUAAAUCGGCUCUAAACGGAGAAGAAAAAAGAUGACUGACGAGAACAAUUUGGAGAAUGGCAGAAGACGCGGCCGUGGUGGGGAGGCGGCAGCGGCUAGGAAGGAGGCAAUCGAGCGGCUGAAAGCUAUUAAGCAAGGGGGUCGCCGAAAUCUAUCUUCUUCCGGCGGCGGAUACGACAUCAAGCUGGAGAAGCCGAUCUAUGACACGGUCGACGAUAAGGAGUACGAGGCGAUUGUUGCGCGGCGGCGGGAGGAGGUGCGAGGUUUCUUGGUAGACGACGGAAGCGGCGGUCUUGGGUAUGUCGACGAGGGCGAGGAGGAAGAUUGGACGAAGGCCGGUCUUCCUGAGUCUUCGGAUGAAUCUGAUGGCGAGGGUCGGUUCAGUGGCAGAUUGAGGAAAAAGAGAAUCGAGAAAAAGGGUAAAGACCAAACCCAGCAACCGCAGGCUAAGAAGACGAAUCCCUCGCUUACGGCUGCGGCGGCGAUGAUGGGCAAGCAGAGGCUUUCUUCGAUGUUCACAUCAUCGGUUUUCAAGAAGGGCAAGGAGACUGAUAAGGUAAAGUGCGAAAGCAUUGUUGACGAGAUAAUAGCAGAGUUGACCCCAGACGAAGCCGAUAGAGAGAGGCAUAAGAGAGGGAAACUGGGUACGGUUUCAAUCACCUCCUCUAGGGACAAGAAUCGGGGUUCGGAUGCUCCGAGCAUAUCAAAGCUUGACCCAGAACCUGUAACACGAGGUUCUGCAGCUUUCAUCGAUCAAGAUAGCCGAAUUUCCAUGGAAAACGAGUUUUCGAAGGAGGUAAAAGAGGAAGAUAUGGCAGAGCCCGAUGUUUGUCCUACAGAGAGUGCUGAGCAUAUCAAAUUUAUCGCAGGGGAAAGUGUUAUCGAUGUAAAAUCGAAUGAUACAAACCUUGUUGAGGAGAAGAUCCAGCCAGACGUGAAAAAAGAAGUAUUUACAUUGAAUGCGAAAAUCGAUGUCAAAGAAAAGGAUCCUGCUUUAAGCGCCACUGCUGGUUGGAAGGAGGUAAUGAACAGAGGUGGAGGUGAGAAUGGCGCUGUGGCUGGGUCCAACUGUGGAGUGCAAUCUGAUUUUGAUUUGGACGAAGAUGGGUCUCUACGAUUUUACAUUCUCGAUGCUUAUGAGGAACAUUUUGGUGCGAGUAUGGGCACAAUCUAUCUGUUUGGGAAGGUUAAAACAGGAACUACAUACCAGAGCUGCUGUGUGGUGGUGAAAAAUAUCCAGAGAUGCGUGUAUGCCAUUCCAAAUGAUUCUGUUUUUCCAUCUCAUGAACUAGUCAUGCUUGAGAAAGAGGUUGAAGAUUCUCAACUUUCUAAGGAAUCCCUCCGAGGAAAGUUGCAUGAAAUGGCUUCGAAUCUCAAGAACGAAAUCGCUGAGAAGUUGUUGCAGCUCAAUGUUUCAAGUUUUAGCGUGACACCUGUCAAGAGGAACUAUGCUUUUGAGCGGUCUGAUGUGCCUUCCGGGGAGCAUUAUGUGUUGAAGAUAAAUUAUCCAUUUAAGGAUCCUCCACUUCCAGCAGAUUUAAAAGGCGCGACUUUCUGUGCUUUACUUGGGACUCAUACCAGUGCUUUGGAACUUUUUAUCAUUAAAAGGAAGGUCAAAGGGCCUUCUUGGCUAUCAAUUUCAAACUUCUAUAUCUGUCCACCUUCUCAACGGGUGAGCUGGUGCAAGUUUGAGAUAACUGUUGACUCUCCUAAGGUUAUUUCUGGGUUGUCUUCAAAGUACGAAGCUGUCCCUUUUGUUGUUGUUACAGCCAUAAAUCUAAAGACUAUAAUCAAUAAAAAGCAGAACAUCAAUGAAAUUGUCUCCGCAUCUGUUAUCAGCUGCCAUAAAGCGAAGAUUGAUGGUCCAAUGUUAGGCUCUGAAUGGAAGAAACCUGGCAUUCUUAGUCAUUUUACUGUUGUUCGGAAUCCUGAUGGAACCAUUUACCCAAUGGGUUGGCCAAAAGAAGUGGCAGACAGAAACUCCAAGACUGGAUGCAAUGUUCUAAGCUAUGAAAACAGCGAAAGAGCAUUGCUAAACAGAUUGUUUUUAGAACUGAACAAACUGGACAGUGAUGUUCUUGUGGGGCAUAAUAUAUCGGGGUAUGAUCUGGAUGUUAUUCUUCAGAGAGCUCAGGCUUGCAAAGUUUUAAGUAGCAUGUGGUCGAAACUUGGUCGUCUCAGGCGCUCUUUCAUGCCUAAACUUGGUAGAGGAAACACUAUGUUUGGCUCAGGAGCUAGCCUGGGGAUCAUGUCUUGUGUUGCUGGGAGGCUCUUGUGUGAUACAUACCUGUGUUCUCGUGACUUGUUAAAAGAGGUCAGUUAUUCUUUAACACAACUUUCGAAGACACAGCUGAACAAAGACAGGAAAGAGAUAGCACCUCAUGAUGUACCCAAAAUGUUCCAGACAUCCAAAUCACUUAUAGAACUUAUUGAAUGUGGCGAGACAGAUUCUUGGUUAUCCAUGGAGCUUAUGUUUCAUUUAAGUGUUCUCCCACUCACUCGCCAACUGACUAAUAUUAGUGGCAAUCUUUGGGGAAAAACUCUCCAGGGAGCCAGGGCGCAGAGAAUUGAGUACUAUUUAUUGCAUGCUUUCUAUUCGAGAAAGUAUAUUCUACCAGAUAAAAAUUCUUCUCAUACUAAAGAAAUAAAAUCGGCGAAACGAAGAAUAAAUUAUGGUCCUGAGGGUCAAAAUGUAGAUGAUCAGGACCUCGACGAUGCUCACCUGGCGAAUGAUGUGCAUCACAGCAGCAAAACAAAAAAAGGACCUGCCUAUGCUGGUGGACUUGUGUUGGAGCCAAAGAGAGGAUUAUAUGACAAAUAUGUAUUGCUUCUCGACUUCAACAGCCUUUACCCCUCUAUUAUACAGGAGUAUAAUAUUUGUUUCACAACUGUUCCACGAGAAGAAGACGGAAUUCCUCGUUUGCCAUCAAGUCAGACAACUGGAAUUCUACCUCAGUUGCUGAAAGAUUUGGUCAGUAGAAGGAGAAUGGUCAAAUCCUGGAUGCAAAAGGAAACGGGUCUCAAGUACCGUCAAUUCGACAUUCAGCAGCAGGCGCUGAAACUCACAGCCAAUAGUAUGUAUGGAUGUCUCGGGUUUUCCCAUUCAAGAUUCUACGCAAAACCUCUUGCAGAGCUCAUAACUCUACAGGGAAGGGAGAUCCUGCAAAGAGCUGUGGACCUUGUCCAGAACCAUUUGAACUUGGAGGUAGUAUAUGGUGACACAGAUUCCAUCAUGAUUCACAGUGGACUAGAUGAUAUCACAGAGGCAAAAGCCAUAGCAGCAAGAGUCAUUCAAGAGGUUAACAAGAAGUAUAGGUGUUUAGAAAUUGACCUCGAUGGCCUAUAUAAGAGAAUGCUUCUUCUCAGAAAGAAAAAAUAUGCAGCUGUCAAGUUGCAGUUUAAAGAUGGGAAGCCUUAUGAGGUCAUUGAACAAAAAGGUCUGGAUAUGGUUCGUCGUGACUGGAGUGUUCUUGCGAAAGAAAUCGGAGACUUUUGCUUGACUAAAAUCUUGUCAGGAGGGUCGUGUGAGGAUGUUGUCGAAGCAAUACAUAGCUCUCUCAUGAAGAUAAAAGAGGAGAUGAGAAGUGGACAAGUUUCGCUUGAGAAGUAUGUCAUUACCAAGACAUUGACUAAACCACCGGAAUCUUAUCCAGAUGCCAGGAGCCACCCACAUGUUCAAGUGGCGCUCAGAUUGAAGCAACGUGGUUAUUCAACUGGUUGCUCUGCUGGUGAUACCGUGCCUUACAUAAUCUGCUAUGAACAGGGAACUAGUAGCUCUGCUAGUUCAGCGGGGAUUGCUCAACGUGCAAGACAUCCUGACGAGGUGACAUCAGGCGAUGGCAUAUGGUUGGUUGACAUCGAUUACUACUUAUCCCAGCAGAUUCAUCCGGUGGUUUCGCGUCUAUGCGCUGAGAUUCAGGGCACAAGCCCUGAGCAUUUAGCCGAUUGUUUAGGACUCGACUCUUCAAAGUACCAAGGUAAAUCAAAUGAAGCCAGCAGCAGUGAUCCUUCUAGCAUGAUGUUUUUUGGCCCAGACAAUGGGGAGAGGUACAAAAGUUGCGAGCCAUUAACAUUAACAUGUCCCAGCUGCUCUGUCGCUUUCAACUGUCCUAUUAUACUGGAUUCUAUUAGUGCGUCAAUCACCGAGAAACAUGUGAAAACUGAAACCGAGGAAUCAGACCAUUUUUUCUGGCUUAAACUGCGUUGCCCGAAAUGUCCACAGGAAGGUGACAUGGGAAGAAUAUCUCCUUCAAUGAUAGCCAACCAGGUAAAAAGACAAGUUGACGGGUUCUUUUCGAAGUAUUACAAGGGCGUAAUGACGUGCGACGACGAAUCUUGCAAGCUCACAACCCGGUGCCUCAACAUGCGUCUGCUUGGUAGCUCUGAAAAAGGGACAGUUUGCCCGAAUUAUCCACACUGCAAUGGAACCCUCCUAAGAACGUACACCGAAGCAGAAUUGUAUAGGCAACUCUCAUACUUCUGCCAUAUCUUGGACACAGAAUGCAGCCUAGAAAAGAUGGAAGUUGGUCUCAGGCUUCAAGUUGAAAAAGCAAUGGCUAAGAUAAGGCCAGUGGCGGAGCUAGCAGCUUUGACAGUACGAAGAAUCCGAGACCGGUGUGCUUAUGGAUGGCUGCUGCUCUCAGACAUAACCAUCUGAUCAGUUGUAAUGUAAAUAAACACAGGAAAAAAACUUAAAAGAGGAUCUUCCAGACAUGAUUGUAUAGAAUAAAUGUUGUGUUAAGUCCUGGAAGGUUGAUGGGAAAUCCGAUCAGCUAAAGACGGAUGGCGCCUUUCAUUAUUUGCAAAA